GCGGCGGGGCCGGGCCGGGCCGGCGGGGCCGCGACCGAGGGACCGGAGACUGGCGACAUGUUCCGCUGCCGCGCGGGCCUGGCGCACGCCCUGCGCCCCCCGCAGCGGGGACGCGUCCACGCGGGCAUGUUGUUGCAGCGCUGGAAUGUGCUCCCAGACCUGCAGCUGAGCAGACAAGUGGCUAGCACAGGCGUGCCUGGGCAAAAGGGCAGUAAUUCGGUUUUUGUCCUUAUUAUGGGCUUGUCCACCUUAGGAGCAGGUGCCUAUGCGUACAAAGCAAUACAGGAGAGCAAAGAGCGAUACGCCAGCCGGCUCGCCAGGAUAUCUGGGCAAUCCCAAGACCAUGAGUCCUCUGCCUCAGGUGCAGGUGCUGCUCCUCAGGGCACAGCAGCUCUGGGCACUCAUCCCAAGGUCCCAUCCCACGUCCCUUUCCUGCUCAUUGGGGGAGGAACUGCUGCUUUUGCUGCUGCCAGAUCCAUCCGGGCCCGUGACCCCGGCGCGCGGGUGCUGAUUGUGUCUGAAGAUCCUGCCCUGCCCUACAUGCGUCCACCCCUUUCCAAAGAACUGUGGUUUUCUGAUGAUCCCAAUGUGACAGAGACGUUGAGGUUCAAGCAGUGGAAUGGCAAGGAGAGGAGUAUCUAUUUCCAGCCGCCGUCUUUCUAUGUGCCUGUUGAGGACCUGCCUUCUGUGGAAAAUGGUGGGGUGGCAGUUCUGCCUGGCAAGAAGGUUGUGCACAUGGAUGUUAGAGGGAACACAGUGAAGCUUAGUGAUGGGACCCAGAUAUCCUACGACAAAUGUCUCAUUGCCACUGGGGGAUCCCCAAGGAACCUGCCUGCCAUUGAAAGAGCAGGAAAGGAUGUGCAGAAAAGGCUGACCCUGUUCCGAAAGAUUGAGGACUUCCGAAGGCUGGAGAAGAUUUCCAGGGAAGUCAAGUCCAUCACAAUUAUUGGUGGUGGUUUCCUCGGCAGCGAGCUGGCCUGCGCUCUGGGAAGGAGAGCACGAACCCAAGGCCUGGAGGUGAUUCAGCUGUUUCCAGAGAAUGGCAACAUGGGCAAAGUCCUGCCCGAAUACUUGAGCAACUGGACCACGGAGAAAGUCAGAAGAGAGGGGGUCAAUGUCCUGCCUAAUGCCGUGGUCAAAUCCGUCUCUGUCUGCGGCAACCGGCUGGUGAUUAAACUGAAGGACGGCCGGAAGGUGGAGACAGAUCACAUCGUGGCUGCAGUGGGGCUGGAACCCAAUGUGGAACUGGCCAAGUCAGCGGGGCUGGAGGUGGACUCGGACUUUGGGGGGUUCCGGGUGAACGCAGAGCUGCAGGCACGCUCCAACAUCUGGGUGGUGAGUGUGGGCACAGCCUCCCACAACAUCUGGGUGGUGAGUGUGGGCACAGCCUCCCACAACAUCUGGGUGGCAGGGGAUGCUGCCUGCUUUUAUGACAUCAAACUGGGCCGCAGGCGUGUGGAGCACCAUGAUCACGCCGUGGUGAGUGGGAGACUGGCUGGAGAAAACAUGACAGGAGCCGCAAAGCCCUACUGGCACCAAUCCAUGUUCUGGAGUGAUCUGGGCCCCAAUGUGGGGUACGAAGCCAUUGGCCUCGUGGACAGCAGUUUGCCCACAGUAGGAGUGUUUGCCAAGGCGACAGCGAAGGACACACCAAAAAGCGCGACAGAACAGUCAGGGACUGGAAUUCGAUCUGAGAGUGAAACAGAAGCGGAAGCCUCAGAAGUUCAGAUCUCUCAAAGCUCUUCACCAAUGCCUCAAGUCCCAAAGCAAGGAGAAGAUUACGGCAAAGGUGUCAUUUUCUACCUCAGAGAUAAAGUCGUGGUGGGAAUUGUGUUGUGGAACAUCUUCAACAGGAUGCCCAUUGCUCGGAAGAUCAUCAAAGAUGGGGAGGAGCAUGAGGACCUCAACGAAGUAGCAAAGCUCUUCAAUAUCCAUGAAGACUGAACUCCACAGCAGGAACACCCAGAGGGAGUGGGCUGCUGGCUGUGUGCACCCCUGCACCUUGGGCAGCUUCCUGGGAGCACUUGGGAAUAUUCCACUCACCCAAGCCCAGUGUUUGCACCAAUAAAGUCAGAUUGUUCUA